AUGGCUGUCGCGUUAGGAUUUAAACUUACCCGUGUUAUUGGAUUUCUGGCCGUUUUAAUUACAUUUUCACUACAGAAUGAACCCAAAGAGUGUGAGAACUAUUUUCAGUAUAUGAGACAUCUUCUAGUGCGAUGUUUUAUAAACUCCCCAAAUAACAAAUUAUAUAUGCGUAAUGAUGCAGUCAGUCCUGAACUGGACGGUCCGCAGUGGAUUAUACAAAUACCGGAUGAAGGAGAAGAUAGGGAGAGAGAUGUGUACAAGAUUGGUAUUGCAUGGGAGUAUUUAUUGAAUAGUGGUUACGUAUCAAGAAAUCUAAUGGAAGAACAAAAUAAUUUAACAAUAAAUAUGGUCCAUGGAAACCAUUCAAAUACUGUGCUGUCUAUACAGGUACAACCAGUAUUACCCGAAACUCAGCCAGGUGAACGAACGCUGUCGAACACAUUCCAGUACAAAUACACCGACAUACCAGUUGUGUUCACAGUUCGCGCAUAUGACUACAUCAACAUUACGAUGUCUCUCAGUAACUCAGUUCAUCAACAUAUCCCAAUUCUGAACAUAGGGAAUUCCUGUCCAGGCUGUGUUGAGAUGUGGUCAAGACUCUCAAAAUCCAGCUGUGAUUUUGAAAGCAAUUAUGAUUGCCUAAAUGCGUACUGGAUAUGGAAGACAGAAUCAGAGGAGAACGAAUCAGCCGGACUACAGUGUCAUUCAUUGAACAAUCUCCUGCCCACCAUGGCGCACAGAUACAGUACUUGUUUUGCACCACCAGUUAUCGAUUACGUCACCCCUAGUACAGCUGUUGUUAUUGGUCAGAGUGUAACGUUGAUUUGCACUGCUACUGGCAAACCAACUCCAGAUAUACAUUGGUACAAAGAAGGACAAAUGCUGACAACUUAUUCAAAUUAUUAUCAUGUACCAGAUGUACAGGAAGAACAUCUUGGCAACUAUAUGUGUGUAGCUGAUAGCAUGGUGUCUCGGGUCAACAGCAGUAAUCCUAUUACUAUAAGUUUAUAUGACAAUGAAUGUGCUUUACAUGCUGAGAAAGAAAUGAGGUUUUUAACAGAAUGCAGUCAAGUUGGUGAAGUGAGUGAGCAGAGUGGUGGCCUACCCGGCGUCAUAGUGGUACCACAUGAUACUACAGUCAUGACCAUAAAUAUUGAUAAUACAAUGUUUUAUACACCGAUUGAAGAGUACAGUUACACAGACGAUGGUCACCUUGAUGCUGAUUACGAGUAUAGUACACUUUGUAACUCAGACGAUGGCAAACUUGUUUCAUUUCAAUUGGAGAUCAUUGACAUAACGCAAUUGUACCAGUUUGCCCGACUGACAUCGGCUCCUUUGAACAGUGCUGUGUUGGAUUCCAUCCCGACAACCAGAUCAAUGGUUGGUAACCAAGAUUCAAUAGAAACUACUGUGAGUACAGAAAGCACUUUUACUAGGUUUACAUCGGAAAGAAGUGUUGCACGUACAGGCAUGCAAGGGGAAAGAAGCUCCAUUCAUCCAAUCACUGAGCAACUAACUUUAUCAGAGGUUCACAGCAGUGAAGAGUCUGGAAUUGACGUUGAAUCAAUCGUCUCUGUCUCUGGACAAUUGGUCACUGUUUUGCUGCAAAAUGCUAGCCAGCACUUCACAACAGAAAGCAUGGAAACAGCUAUCAAUAGAGAUGUGAGUAAACACAAUGUCAAUAGUGGAACGAUGGCAUCAAAUGCACCUGAGGUUAGUGACCUCCAAAUACCUGUGAGUGUGAUUGGUUCCCCUGAACAUGUCAUAGAAAACCCAACAAGUCAACCAGGAGCUAAUUCGGACAACGAAGAUGUCGACCGUGAACGAAAAAAACGGGAUGACGACUCUUAUCCACCUAUACCAAGCUACGAAUUCUUGCUCUCCGAGGAAUUUUACAACAUAUAUAUUCCAGCAGAGUGCUCCUCAGAGAAAGUAUCUUUGCGACUAGAAUCAGGACUGAAAAUCUACAAAGGGAACCUUUUGAAAAUAAGGUUGAGUCGUCUCGACGACGGAUCGCUUUAUGAUAAUCAGUGUCAGUCGUGUAUAUCAUUAGAAUAUCGUCAGUUUAAAACAUCUUGUAAUGUUAGUGAAAAUGGUGAUUGUUUAUCGGGUUACUUCCAGUGGAUGAACUCUUUGUCAAGGGUUAAAAAUCAUGGAUGUUCCGGUGUUACUUGGUAUAAUGAUGAAUACCAAGUCUGCCAUAAUGUUCUACCCAACGCCUCUAUUUCGUCGAGUUUGCAAAAUGAUAUACUGCAGCAUGAAUACACCAUUUUAGAAUGUCAGAUCAGUGGUCGUCCAGUACCAACUAUACAAUGGUUUUUAGGUAUGCAGACAGGUAGCUAUCAUAUAAGAUGUUCUGCCUCCAAUAUGUUUGGCACAUCAUGGUCAGAUGCAGUCAUAGUCACUGUGUUCACCGAAGCGUACUGUCCAGCCGAAAAAUUUAAUGGCUUUACAUGGCCAGAAACUAUUGCAGGUCAGCAAGCAGAGUCAUUGGAAAGGUGUCCAGCUGACAAACAAUACAGAGGACAGGAAAUGGCAUCUAGAAAAUGUGCAGGAAACUUUACAAUUGGUGCAUUGUGGGAGGAAGUUGAUGAACAAGACUGUGGUAAAGACAGCAAUAUCAACUUGGUACUAGAACAAUUGAGUGAGGUAGAAAUCACUGAUGAUAAUGUGAAGAGAGUUGCUGAUGAACUAUGUGACUUAACAGAGGAUUUUCUCAACCUGACUGUCGAUGGUGUUUCUGACUCUGCCGAUGUUCUUGUCCAUAUUGUGUCUGGAACAAACAGCUCACUCGUCAGUAAUGAUUUAUUGAACUCUGUUAACAACCUAAUGAACGUGGACCCAGCUGUUUUAGGUGAAAGUCAACAAUCUACGAAAUCAUCCAUAAAGACGUUACAAUCGUUACAAACCUAUCUAGAUGAAGUAGAGAUGAGCACCAGUGAGAAUUCUCUGCAGGAAGUAGCAACGCAUAUUGGAUUCCAAGUAUUGGAGGAUGAUACAUCUUCUUUCUCAAAUGGUGUUGGAUUUGUAUCAAUUGCAGAUGGUUCGUCAUCGACAAACUUCUCUGUAAAAGCUGUAACCAGUCCAGUCGAUAUUGAUGAGAACAUGACUGAUGCUUCCAUUAGACUGCCAGCUAGCAUACUCGAAGACUCGCCCAUUAAUUCCAAGACCAGGUUCACAUUCAUCAUUUUCCAGAGUGCUGCAUUAUUCCAGUCAUCUAUUUCUUCCUCAUCAGCCAAUAAUGACUUGGUUACCAUGGUGAAUUCUCGUGUCAUAUCAGCAAGCAUAGCUGGACGGCAACUCAAGAACCUUAAAGAUCCUGUUAAAAUUACUUUGUUACCAGUUACGAUACCAUCCGAGGACGUGUAUGACAGUACUCAGUGUGUCUAUUGGGAUUUUGAUGCAAAUAAUGGUUAUGGUGAUUGGUCCAGUGAGGGCUGUCAUUUCGAUCAUGUUAAAAACCAACGAGUUGUAUGUCAUUGUUAUCAUCUCACAAACUUUGCAGUUCUCAUGGAUAUGCAAAGAAAACCAAUGGAAUUAAUCCAUAUGUUUGCAUUGGAUGUAAUCAGCAGAGUGGGUUGCCUUAUCUCGGUAGUAGGAUUAUUGAUAACAAUGUGUACAUACAUCGCAUUCAGGAAAUUGAGAAAAACAAGGCCACAGAGAAUUUUGAUAAAUUUGUGUAUUUCCCUGCUCUGUCUACUUAUUGUGUUUCUCUGUGGUAUUGAUCAAUCACAGAGCUACAUUGGUUGUAUCUCGGUGGCUGUACUGUUACAUUAUUUCACCCUGACAACGUUUAUGUGGAUGGCGGUAGAGGCAUUCAAUAUGUACCUAGCUUGUGUUCGUGUCAUGCCAAUCUACAUAAGUCACUUUAUGUUGAAAGUCUCUCUUGUAGCUUGGGGUUUACCAUUGAUUCCUGUUGUGAUAUUGCUUUGCUUAGAUGUGGAUAACUACCAUGUUAGCGAAUAUGACUUUUGUUUCAUGGCGUUGUAUCCUUUCUACUAUGCUUACCUCAUACCAAUAGGGAUUAUCUUGUUCUACAAUAUAUCAGUGUACAUUAUGGUUAUUAAAACACUAUGUCAAAGAUCCAAAGUUACCGCAGUAGACAAACCUCGUCAUCAGAGAAUUGGAUGGCAGAUUCGAAACAGUCUCUGUAUUCUGGUGCUACUAGGUUUGACCUGGACAUUUGGAUUCUUCGCUAUAAGCGAUGCUUCGCUCAUAUUUCAGUACAUGUUCUGCAUCUUCAACUCUCUGCAAGGGUUUUUCAUCUUCGUUUUCUACUGCCUUGACCAAAAGGAUGUGAGAGAUCAAUGGAAAGCAGCAUGUGCUUGUUGCCACGAUAGACAGAAGAAAAACAAGUACCGCAUCACUGGGUUUGAUCUGAUUUACCACAAUCCAACUUACUCUGGUUCUCAUAGGAGUAGUUUUACAUCAACAAAACAGUUUACUAUCUCUCAGCAAGGGAUUCUGUCUGUCACAGAAUAUCCCCGAUGA